AUUUGUUUAGUUUUUGUGUACUCACUGAAAGCUUACAUGGCUUCUUACUACUUCCUCUUGUUUGUUCUUGUAGCUGCUUUUGCACUUUCUAAAGCAGAUGGCAAUGAGUUAUGCACAGAUUUCUAUUGCGACAGUUGCCCGAAACUGUUGUCCAUAGUGAAUCAAGGAGUCAUAAAAGCCAUUCGUAAUGAAGCUCGUAUAGGAGCUUCCAUACUUAGAUUGCAUUUCCAUGACUGCUUUGUAAACGGCUGUGAUGGAUCAAUAUUGUUGGAUGAUACAAAGAGUUUCAUAGGAGAAAAAACAGCAGCAGCCAACAAUAAUUCAGCUAGAGGAUUCAACGUGAUUGAUGACAUUAAAGCCAACGUCGAGAAAGCAUGCCCAAGAACUGUGUCUUGUGCUGAUAUUCUUGCUCUGGCUGCUCGAGACUCUGUUGUUACUCUAGGUGGCCCUUCUUGGGAAGUAGGAUUGGGAAGAAGAGAUUCAAUCACAGCUAGUAGAGCUGAUGCCAAUAAGUCUAUUCCUGCACCCUCUCUCAAUCUUGACCAACUCAAAUCAAAUUUUGCUAACCAAGGACUCUCUGAGAAGGACUUGGUAGCUCUUUCAGGUGCGCACACAAUCGGGCUAGCCAGAUGUACGCAGUUUCGAGCACACAUCUACAAUGAUUCCAACAUUGAUCCUUCAUUUGCCAAGUCACUGCAGAGAAAGUGUCCCAGAACUGGAAAUGACAACCUGCACCAGCCAUUAGACUUUCAAACCCCAACUCAUUUCGAUAACCUAUACUACAAGCAUUUACUUGUUAAAAAGGGUCUUCUCCAUUCUGACCAGGAACUAUUUAAUGGGAAUCCCACUACUGAUAAACUGGUGCAGAAAUAUGCCAAUGAUAAUGAAGAAUUUUUCGAAGACUUUGCCAAGGGUAUGGUCAAAAUGAGUAAUAUCAAUCCCCUCACAGGAAAGAAAGGACAGAUCAGAAUCAAUUGCAGAAAACACAACUGAAAAUUAAUGAGUAAUGUGUAUAUGAGUUAUGAGAAAAUGAGUGAGUAAUAAUUAUCCAUCUAUAUUUCCAAAACUAUGCCCAAUAAAGAUCUCUUGUCAUUAGGCAAGUUAUCAUAUAAGAAACCAUAAAUGUAAAUUGUAAAACAAGGCAAAUUCAUUGCAAUGUUUGAACUUUAAGAUAAGAAUAUAUACUAAAAUAUCCAA